UUAAGGGAUAGGACUCAUACAAUUAAGUUUGUUGUGUCCUCAGAAAAGCAAGAAUCAACUACACCUUCAUUCAUCUUACGAUCUUCCAUUUUUCUUGUACAAAAAAAAUGACGAAAAUCAUAGAAAUUUUCAAUGUAGCACCAUCAUCACAAGUAGAACUACCUUCAGAAACAUCACUUCCUCUUACUUUCUUUGACAUAUUAUGGUUAAGAUUACCACCUGUUCAAAGAAUUUUCUUCUAUGAAUUUCCACACCAAACCUCACUUUUCUUUAAUACCCUUCUUCCCAAACUCAAACAAUCUCUUUCUCUUACACUUUCUCACUUUUAUCCUCUUUUGGGUCAUCUCAUUUGGCCUAAUGAUUCUCACAAACCAAUCAUUAAAUUCAUAAGAGGAAACACUCUUUCACUUACCAUAGCUGAAUCUCAUGCUGAUUUCAAUCAUUUAUCUGGUAAGAAUCUUUCUGAAGCUACACAAAUUCAUGAUCUUUUACCUAACUUGAAUAUUUCUCAUGAUCAAGCUUCUGUUUUGGCUCUUCAAGUUACCAUUUUUCCAAACUAUGGAUUUUCAAUUGGUAUUACUUCACAUCAUGCUGUUUUAGAUGGUAAAACUUCAACUUCUUUUAUCAAAUCUUGGGCUUACCUAUGUAGAAAGCUUGAAAUUGAAGUAUCUGAAUUAGUAUCACCCCUUUGUUUGCCACAUGAGUUUUGUCCUUUCUAUGAUAGAAAAGUAAUCAAGGAUCCAAAUGAAUUAGAGGCAAAAUAUUUAAGUGAUUGGUUAAAGCAAGGUGGAACCAACAAUAGAAGUUUAAUGGUUUGGGAUCUUCAAGUUCCAGAAGAUUCAUUUAGAGGAUUAUUUCAAUUAUCUCGUUUGGAUAUCGAAAAGCUUAAGGAAUUUGUAGUGUCAAAACAAAAGGGUAAUAGGAACGAGAAAAAAAAUCUUCACCUGUCAACUUUUGUUGUAUCUAUAGCUUAUGCAUGGGUAUGCAGAGUGAAAGCAGAAGAAAUUGAGAACAAAAAUGCUAUGAUGGUUUUGAAUAUUGAUUGUCGUAAUCGUUUAGAUCAGCCGAUUCCUGCAACAUAUUUUGGAAAUUGUAUUGGAGCAAGACUUGCAAUUGUUAAAACAAAUGAGUUAUUGGGGGAAGAUGGACUAAUUGUGGCUGUUGAAGUGUUGAGUGAAGCUUUGGAAACUAUAAAAGAUGGAGUGUUGAAUGGAGCUGAAAAUUGGUCUUCAUUGUUACUUGAAGGUCUUGCCAUGACCGAUGUUAAAAUGAUUGGUGCUGCUGGUUCACCUAAAUUUGAGGUUUAUAGCACUGAUUUUGGUUGUGGAAAACCAAAGAAAGUUGAAAUGGUUUCAAUAGAUAGAACUGGUGCCUUUUGUCUUUCUGAUUGUAGAAAGGGUGAUGGUGUUGAGAUAGGUUUUGUGUCUAACAAAAAAGCAAUGGAAUCUUUUGCUUCGCUCUUUGUCAAAGGCAUUGCAUCCUGAGUUCUACAUGUGUAUGUGUAGACUCUAUUGUUAUGCAGGAUUAAAUAUUUUAUGGUACUUUUAAUAAAUUUUUGAGUGGAAGACGAUGAUUUUGGUUUUUGUUUUGUUUUGUUUUUAUGUGAUUAAUGUAUGAAGAUGAUGAUUUUGAAUUUUUCUAUAUCUUUA